AAUUUCAAUGUGCUAAUACAACUUGUUUACCAUUUAUUAAUUUUAUCGCAAUAACUAUUCUCAAUUGUCAAACAGGUUGUUUAGCUGUAAUUCAAUGUGCAGCAGCAAGUUUUCAUCGAUCAACGUCUAAUUGUGAAUUAUUUACUGAUAUGUCAAAUGAAAUUGCACAUAUGCAGGCUGAUACCGACAUUACUACUAUGAUUGUUAUUGCUGGAACACGAUCUCCACCCGAACCGACUACGACAGCAUCAACAACAACAUCGUCAUCCACAUCAUCGUCAACAACAAGAACGUCAUCAACAUCAACUACAACAAGCACAUCAACACCAACAACAACAACAACCACCAGCACCACAACAACCACAACAACAAUAACCACGACAACCACCACAACAACCACCACAACAACAACCACUACUACAACCACAACAACCAUUACAACAACAACAAUAACAACAACCACAACCACUACAACCACUACAACCACAACUACAACCACAACAACUGCAUGCAACUAUUUUCUCAAUCAAACUACUUACUCAGUUGUUACUCGACCAUAUUCAGUAGCAGUCGUAGAUGUUAAUAGCGACAGUAAACCUGAUAUUAUUGUUGCAAACUAUGGUUCGAACAACGUAGGUGUUCUUCUCAAUGCAGGCAGUGGCACAUUCGCUACUCAAACUACUUAUACAGUUGGUACUAAUCCAAUAUGGAUAGCAGUCGUAGAUGUCAAUAGCGACAGUAAACCUGAUAUUAUUGUUGCAAACUCUGCUUCGAACAGUGUCAGUGUUCUUCUCAAUGCAGGCAGUGGCACUUUUAGUGCUCAAACUACUUAUCCAGUUGGCACUCUUCCAAUUAGGCUAGUAGUCGUUGAUGUAAAUAGCGACAAUAAACCCGACAUUGUUGUUGCAAACCAGAUUUCGAACACUGUCGGUGUUCUUCUCAACGCAGGCAGU